AUGGAUAUCCAAACCCUCCUCAAAACCCACAAACCUAGCCUCGCUCCCUAUGAAACCGUCUACAAGAAUCUCCACCAAAAUCCCGGACUCUCGCUCCAAGAAUACCUCGCCGCCGAAACAGCCGCCUCCCACCUUUCAUCCCUGGGCUACGAAGUCCGCACCUCGAUCGGCGGCACAGGCCUGAUCGGUAUCCUCUCAAACGGCCCAGGGAAGACAGUGCUGCUGCGAGCAGACACCGAUGCCCUGCCCGUGGAAGAGUUAACCGGGCUAGAGUAUGCGAGCAAGAAAAGAGAAGUCGAUGUUGAAGAUGGAGUUGAGAAGAGUGUGAUGCAUGCGUGUGGACAUGAUAUGCAUGUCAGUGUUAUGAUGGCUGUUGCUGAGACGCUGGUUAUGAGUAAAGAGGAAUGGGAGGGAAUGGUGGUGAUUUUGUUUCAGCCUAAUGAGGAGAGGGCUGGGGGUGCGAAGGCUAUGAUUGCAGAUGGCCUUUAUGAUGAGCAGAAACAUGCUUGCCCGAUUCCUGAUGUUGUCUUGGGACAACAUGUCAUGCCGCUUCCUGCUGGAACAGUCGGGACCCGGGUAGGUGCAUUUGCCUCAGCUGCAGAUUCUUUUCGCGUCACGAUCUAUGGAAGAGGAGGCCAUGCUUCUCAACCUCACCGGACGAUUGAUCCUGUCCUUAUGGCGGCUCAUAUCGUGGUUAGACUUCAGAGUAUUGUGAGCAGAGAAGUUGAUCCGAGGGAUGCCGCUGUGGUGACGGUGGGAAGCGUGGUUGCGGGAAUGACCGAGAACAUCAUUCCCGGGGAAGCAACGAUAAAGAUUAAUGUUCGAACGGUCACGCCGGAAACACGGACGAGAGUAUUAUCAGCCAUCAAAAGGAUCGUGAAAGCGGAAUGCGAGGCGAGCGGUGCAACGAAAGAACCACUUUGGAUCUCAACCUCCUCAUUCCCCUUUACUAUCAACGACCAGGAAACCACAGAAACGGUUGCAGCGGCAUUCUCAAAGCAUUUUGGGGACAAACAUGAUCCGGAAUCAGCUCCUUUGGGAGGAAGUGAGGAUUUCUCCAUCUUAGCGACGGAGGCGCCGAAUAAGAGUGGUGGGAAAGGGGUUCCAUAUAGCUAUUGGUCCUUUGGAGGGAGUGAUCCGGAGAAAUAUGAGGAGGCAAGGAAGAAGGGACGGCUAGAGGAUGUGCCGAUUAAUCACAGUGCGUAUUUUGCGCCGGUUAUACAGCCGACGAUGAGUACGGGGGUCGAUGCUAUGGUUGUUGCUGCGUUGAGCUUUUUGAAGUGA